AUGCGCAAUUCUGCCAACUAUACUUCAGCUGCUAUUCCGGCGAAGAAUGGUGGCGGAGUGAGUUAUGAUGGAAGGUCUGUAACAAUCAACGGCCAGCAUCGCAUCCUUUUCUCCGGCUCCAUCCAUUACCCUCGCAGCACUCCUCAGAUGUGGCCAUCGUUGAUCUCAAAGGCAAAAGAAGGAGGGUUGGAUGUUAUACAAACUUACGUAUUUUGGAACUUGCAUGAACCUCGACAAGGACAGUUCGAUUUCAGUGGAAGAGCAGACAUAGUGAGAUUCAUCAAGGAAAUCCACGCUCAGGGACUCUACGUCACACUUCGAAUCGGGCCUUUCAUCGAAUCCGAAUGGACUUAUGGGGGACUGCCCUUUUGGUUGCACGACGUUCCCGGCAUUGUCUUCCGUUCAGAUAACCAACCAUUCAAGGAUCACAUGCAAAAGUUCGCGGCGAAAAUAGUCAGCAUGAUGAAAUCGGAGAAUCUGUACGCUUCACAAGGCGGCCCCAUCAUACUAUCACAGAUUGAGAACGAGUACCAGACGAUUGAAUCGGAUUUCGGUGACAAGGGACCUUCGUAUGUUCGUUGGGCUGCAGCCAUGGCAGUUCGACUUCAAACUGGGGUUCCCUGGCUUAUGUGCAAGCAAGAUGAUGCACCUGAUCCUGUGAUUAACACAUGCAAUGGAUAUAGAUGUGGGCAGACAUUCAAAGGACCUAACUCCCCAAAUAAGCCAUCCGUGUGGACCGAAAACUGGACAAGUUUCUUGCAAGUAUACGGCAAUGAAACGAAAAAAAGAUCAGCCCAAGAUAUCGCAUUUCAUGUUGCCCUAUUCAUAGCCAAGAAUGGAAGUUAUGUAAACUAUUACAUGUACCAUGGAGGAACAAAUUUUGGAAGAACUGCUGCUGCUUUUGUAACGACGAGUUACUAUGAUGAAGCACCUAUAGAUGAAUACGGUUUAAUCAGACAGCCGAAAUGGGGUCAUCUUAAGGAAUUACAUGCCACAAUAAAAUCCUGCUCCCAGACUUUGCUUACUGCGGUGCAACAAACAUUUUCUUUGGGACAACAUCAGAAAGCUUAUGUGUUUCAAGGGAAGUCAAAGGAAUGUACCGCCUUUCUAGUCAACAGGAACAGGACACAUGCAGCCAGAGUCAAGUUCCAGAAUACUUCAUACAUACUGCCCCGAUGGUCAGUAAGCAUUUUACCAGACUGCAAGUCUGUGGCUUUUAACACAGCAAAGCUACGUGUACAACGUAACACACGAUCAAUGAUAUUGAGCCAAAAGCUAAACUCAACUGAUAAGUGGAAAGAGUAUAAAGAAACCAUCCCUGAGUUUGACAAUACUUCUAUUAGAGCAGACACAUUGUUGGACCACCUGAAUAUGACAAAAGACACCUCUGAUUAUCUAUGGUACACAUUCAGGUCCUCACUAAAUACAUCAAAUGCUCGAUCCAUGCUUAAUGUCCACUCACAUGGACAUGUGUUGUAUGCAUACGUCAAUGGUGUGCAUCAAGGUAACAAUACUAUUCUGCAUCUCCCUAGUGUCAGCAUUCAGGAUUCACAUUUAGGGUCUGCUCAUGGAAGUCAUGGGAACAGAACUUUCACUCUCGAGAAACCAGUUAUCCUACACAAAGGACCAAACAACAUUGCAUUACUUAGUGCAACGGUUGGAUUUCCGGAUUCAGGAGCAUUUCUUGAGCGUAAAGUUGCUGGGAUACGUAAAGUCAGCAUUCAACACAAUGAUUUCACCAACUACCUAUGGGGGUAUCAGGUUGGUUUGCUAGGAGAGAAGCUAGAGAUCUACACAGACAACGGCCUAAAUAGAAUUCAAUGGAAAAAGUUUGGGAGUUCCUCUCGCCGCCCACUUACAUGGUACAAGACAAGUUUCGAUGCACCAGAAGGCAGCGAUCCAGUUGUCUUGAACCUAGGCUCCAUGGGGAAAGGUCAAGCUUGGGUUAAUGGGCAGGGAAUAGGCAGAUACUGGAUGUCGUUUCAUACACCCAAAGCACGUCCUUCACAAACUAGGUACCACAUCCCUCGGUCUUUCUUGAAACGAACAGGGAACCUUUUAGUAUUGCUGGAAGAAGAAAUGGGAUACCCCACUGGGAUUACAGUAAACACGGUUUCAAUCACCAAAGUGUGCCAUUAUGUUUCUGAAUCGCACGCAUCUGCAGCUCAGAUUAGCUGUCCUCAAAACCAGAAAAUUUCCCAAAUACUAUUUGCAAGCUUUGGAACGCCUUUGGGUGAUUGCAAAAGUUAUACAAUUGGCAACUGCCACUCACCAAAUUCUAGAGCUAUCAUAGAGAAGGCUUGCCUAGGAAGGGAGGACUGCAAUAUAAACCUUUCCAAACAUAUUUUUGGUGGUGAUCCAUGUCCAGGAAUCACAAAAUCUCUGCUGGUCGAUGCCAGAUGCUCAAGACAUUGAAGAGUUCAGACAAUUUUUUUUUCAGUAGAUUAAGUAUGUAAUACAAUUCACUUCCCCCUAUAGACAGAAAGACAUUGAGCAUGGUCCCC